GUUAGCAAUAUUGAUGCAAAAAACUAUCUUUCUUUGCUUUAGGACUUCUAACACUGAGCCCAGUUUUAGGAUUAGUUAUUGUUCGAGUCGGAUGGCGUUGGACCUACAGAAUAUGCGCAGGUUUAAUAUAUACUGUGUGUUUCAUCAUUGCACCUUUACUUCGCAUAACACCAGACAGAAAUCCGGAAAAUGCCAAAAAACAACAAGAAAUUGAACUUGAUAACAAAGAACAUGAAACAACUUCAAAUGUCUCACAACGGGAUGUCCUUCGCUUUCCAGAAAUGUGGCUAUAUGCAAUUACGUUGUUAGUACAGAGCUGUGCUGUAGGUUUUACGGUUAUAAAUCUUAUUGACUUUGUGACCAAAUCUGCUGGAUUAACGCUUGAGCAAGGCACUGUGGUAUUAGGCGUAAAUGGUGGAGCAGAGCUGUUUGCGAAACUUCUUUUAUCAAUGUUUCUUGAUAAAUUAUCAUUUCCGAAGAUACUGUUAUGGCCAUUUAAUUCCAUUGUAGCUGCAGUGAUUUGCAUUUUGAUAACCUAUGUUUCGUCAUUUGAAGUGAUAAUGGUAUUAUCAAUAGGUUUGUUACUUUUUCUCUUUGACUUUGUUUUCGUUAAUGGUAUCAUAUCGAAAUUGGCGGAGAUCGGAAGAUGGAGUAAAGGCAUGAAUGUAUACUACAGCACUAGUACUUUUAAUGCGGAAGAAGUGAUAGCAAUAUUGGAAGGAAUAUAUGGGUGUAGAAAAACUAGAUUAGUAACUAAAAUAAUAUUAGAUUUGUUGAAAAUCAAGCAAUAA